AUGUUGAGUCUCAAUAAAUUAAUUUACUUGAAUCCUUAACCUUCUUAUCACCUCAAGACUUUUGAUGGCCAUUAAAAAUUAAAGCUACUCUUUAUAAAAGCCAAAUAAAAUAAACAUCAGAUUCCAUGUUUAUUUAUCAAAGCUAAUUCAGAUGAAUACCUUUUGUAUUUUCAUAGUAAUGCAGAGGAUAUGUAAAUGUUAAUUUAAAUUUUUAAAAGAGGAACUUGCUAUGAGUUUACAUCUGCUUUGAGUAAUGGAUUGAAUGUAAAUGUUAUUUGCAUGGAAUAUCCAGGUUAUGGAAUUUAUACAUAAGUUGAACCUUCUUAAAACUAAAUUGAGAAAGAUGCAGAGGAUGUGUUUAUAUAUAUAAAUUUGGAAUUAAGAGUUCCUGAUUCUAAAUUGUCAAUUUUUGGAAGGUCAAUUGGGACUGGUCCAGCUUGUUUUUUAGCAUCAAUUUAUUAACCAAAAGCAUUAAUUUUAUUAAGUCCAUUUACAUCUAUUAAAGCUCUUGCUAAAAAGCAUUUUUACUUUGCUGCUAAUUUGUUAAAAGUAUGUAAAAUUUAAUUAUCACUUUUAGGAUUAAUUCAAUAACGUAUAGAGGGCCUAUAAGAUUUUUUGCCCAUGUAUCAUCAUUCAUGGAAAAUUAGAUAAAUUUAUUCCAAUUUAAAUGGCAGAUGACAUAUAUAAAAACUUAGCUUCAAAAAGAAAAAUAUUUUUUUAUCCUGAGGAUAAAGAUCACAAUAAUUUCAAUUUUUUAUUCGAUAUUAAAGAAAUUGUUUUGAACUUCAUUGAAGAAAUUGAAUAGUUAAAUCAUAUGUUUUUGCCUAAUUGA